CGACAUCAAACCAUUGACUGCCCAAAAGAAGAGCGUCAAUUGCGCAACAACAACAACAACACAUAGCACAGCAAGUGUCCCCCUGCUAUACCCCCACUAUGAGCAUGAGAAUGAGCAAGAGUACACAAGCUAAUCUCCCCCAUAGAAUCUGAAUCCUACCGCCACCAUGGGUGUACCAUUUGAGGCUCUCAUUCCCUAUGCGAUCAUGACUGCUGUUCGUUAUCUACCCCUCGCCACCUCCAAAUUGCGUCCAUACUAAGCUGCUUCAGAUGUUUGGUAUUACUGGAAUAGGAUUGUCAAAGAUCAGACUCAUGCAGAAUGGCGGAAAGCGAGGACGUUACUCGGUGGAUCAAUGGGACAGAGUCAGUAUUCUAACCUGACCAGGUACCGAUUGCCAAUAUAAAAGCUAACAAUCUGCAGCAAAGUACACGCUAAGACUUCUCCAACCUACCUACGACAUACUAAUAUGUGAUAGUGAUGGACCGCGACCGAAGAUUGACUGGAUUUUUGCGGGGACAAACAGAUGAUCCAAAGCCACCAGCAGGAUUUGAGCUGAGCAACCCUUGGAGAGUUCGUAUAAUCCAUCUUUGGUCUUCCUGGAAGCAACGGCUGACUUGCUAUUUCACAGUGCGAGGAGCGUAUCGUUUGAUCUCAGA